UUCACAUCGGAAAAGGUGAAAAAAACCUGAAUAAUAGUGCGUACUUUUUUGCGUUACAAAAUUUAAUUACCUUUUUCGAGUUUUUUUUUUUGUUUUUCGUUACAAAAUUUACCAGGCUUUUUUCCGACAGUUUGUUUUUUCAACGUUUUCGAAGUGAAGACUAAGCUGGGCCACUUAUCCUUGGAAGUUGACAGCGAGUGUUUUUUUUUUACGAUUUUUUGAAAGCGACGAGAGAACUGGUCGAUUUUUGAUACUUAAAAGAAUCGGUGGACCUGUGAUCCAGCUUCAGCAUGACGGAUCCUGACCGAGGUGUAGGCGUUCACAUGGACCAAGAAAAUGGAACAAGCCAGGAGGAGCCUGACGAGUUGUCUAGAGAGGAAGAACCGGAUGAUCUCCCGGGUAAUCUGUCAACCGAAUCCCAAGAGACUGUGAAGGCGCGCGAGUCCAGCGCCAAAAUUACCACCCACAACAACAAGAUGUCGCCCGACGCACCCGUCUUCUAUCCCAGUGGAUCCUAUGCCGCCCACCUGCUGGCACAGCGAAAGACACCGGCCCCCACUUCUUCGGCAUCGUCGACCUCGUCUCUCAGCUGGUGGCCCAACCUGUCGCCGGUGGCACGGGAGGUUCUGGAGACGGGCACCGGUCCCUACAUUGGUCCCGACAAGGAUCCCUUUUGCCUGCGAAAUCCCCACUAUAACGGCGGCCGUUCCGGCGACGAUACAGAGCGCAACAAGAACAGCUUUGGUCUGGGUAUGCAAUCCGACGUCGGUGCAUCGUAUGGAUGCCAGCGGGGAGACGGGAACACAGAAGCCCCUGGCGAGGAUCGGCAGGCGGGGGAUAUGGCGAGGACACCGACGCCGCCGACAUCGCCGGCGCUGCCCCCCAUAUCACCGCCAGAGCUACAAACGCCUUGGCGGCGUCCGCCCUACAGCCUUCCCAGCUGGUUACUCGAGGACGAAGCUACCGAGUCCACGCAACAGCAGCAGGAGCAGAAACAGCAGUGGCAUCAUCCGAUCCCCGGAUCGCCUCGCUUCACUCAAUCAUUCCCGACUGACGCGGCUCCGGCGUUGGGGCCAUGUGGCGUGUCGCGUGCCGAGUAUUUGGGAACCCUGCGGAACCUUCUGGUGCGCGCCAACGAAAUGAUGGCGCCCCUGAUCCACGGUCACAUCGAGGAAAUGUCGCAGAUGCAGUUUGCCGCCUAUACCAGCGCAAUCCUAAGCACUCCGCCACUGCAUCCGAGUCUCUUCCUGCCGCCGGCAAUUCCGCGUACGUGGGCCACCACCGGAGUGCUUAACCUGCCCUCCACCCAUCCGCACAGCCUCACUCCCGACGAUCUGGCCUUUAUCCAGUCGCUGCACCCAAAGGCCACUGUCGGUACCCAGACAGAGUUCCGCUGCACUUGCAUGCACCUGCCCAACCCCACGGGGACGGGCAUUGAGGUGACUGGUCUACGCAGACCUUUCUUUCCGGGUUACGGUGGCGUGUAUGAGCCGCGUAUGCCGACGCCCAGUGGAGGUCCAGGUGCUGGACCCAUGAUGAAUCCACAGUUCCAGGCCGGAUCAGGAUCGGGGAACGGUCAGCAGUCGUCCCAAGGCCCCUACACCUUCUGGGGGAGGCCUAUGGCGAUGCAUCCGCCUCCGACACCACUGCCGCAGCAGCAGCAGCAGCCGCCGCCCAUGAAUCAGAUGCAUCAGCCGUACCCUCACCCCGGAUUUUCAAUUCAUCAACAGCAGCAGCAGCAACAGCAGCAGCAACAACAGCAUUACCCGCCGCAUGUUCCCCAGCAUCCACUUCCCUUGCAGUCGCCUGGGAACAAUCGCUUCCAGGAUAUGGGUAACGCCCGCUAUCAGGAUCUAUUUGGACCGGUUCGUCUUCAAGAAUCGUCCAACAAUCGCUUCCAGGACUUUGGCCCAGUGCGCUUUCACGAGCCUGGCAAUGGGCGCUUUCAGCAACCAGAGCUAAGCAACGUUCGUUUCCAGGAGCCGGGAAAUAAUAGCUUCGGCUUUCGAGUUAACUAUACUCCUGGCAAUCAAUUCAAUCAUUUUACCCAGGUCAAUUCGAGCAACCAAGCCGGCCCGGUCCACCAGGGCAAUAACUUCAAUCAGGGAAAUCAGGCUAGCAGCAACUUCAAUCAGGGAAAUCCGGCCAGCAUCAUCUUAAAUCAGGGAAUCCAUGGCAACAGCAACUUGAAUCAUGGAAAUCAAGGUAACAACAACUUGAAUCAGGGAACCCAAGGCAACAGCAACUUCAGUCCGGGCAACCAAAGCAACACCAAUAUCAAUCUGGACAACCAGAACAACAGCAACAUCAAUCUGGGCAACCGCUAUGGUCCCAUUGGGUGCGGUGCUCCAAGCCAAUCCAACGCCAGGACUUUCCCGAACAACGUUCAACCUGCUGGGGGUCAGGCGUUUGUGCGGCCCCCGAGCAGCUUGGAGUCAGAGUACUUGUCGAAUCUGCUACAGCAGCAUUUAGAUACACCGGUAGUAAUAGAACCGGAGGUGCAGCACCUACUAGAGCUGGAGCUAGAGAGGGAGCUGACAGAACAGCAGCAGAAGCAACAGCAACGCUGCUGUGCAGCGGGGAGCACCAGCGAUGCCACUGGAGGCCGGCCUACGGAUCCUACGGACUACUCAAUCAGCGGCGCCACUGGGGAGCGGGUUCCACCCAGCACCACGGACUUCUCGAUCAGUGAUGACAGGGACAGCGGGGACACCAGCAGUCCAUUGCGUGCUCGGGAGAGUGACGAUGUCUUCGAUUAUGAGGACAACUGUGAAGGCGAAGAAGGCUACUGCGAAUCCGCAGGAGAGGAGGAAGAAUGCGAGGUCGACGAAGAAGAUGGUGACGACGACGACAACGACGACGACAAUGACGACAACGAUGGCAACGAUAACUAUAACAACAAUAACGACAACAACGGUAACGGUAAAGACACCAAUAACACCAAUGACGGCAAUGACAAUGAGAGCAACGAACGCAAUAAAAACAAUGACAACAUUAUUGAAAGUAAUGACACUAAAGAUACCAAUAACACCAAUAACAUUAAUAACGCUAACGAUAACGAUAUUAUCAUUAUCACGAAUAGCACUCAAAACACCAAUGAAACCAAUAACAUCAACACCAAUGACUCAGAUGUCUCAAAUGACUCCAAUGCAUCCAAUAAUACCAAUAAUACCAACGGCACAAAUAAUACCAACGGCACAAAUAACACCGUUACCUAUAACACCAACACCAAUACCAACCUCAACAACAAUGGCAUGAGCACUGACACCAUUACCACAGUAAACAUCAAUAACAUGGAUACCAUCGGCACCGACGCUUACUGCAACAACACUAAUAAGAACACGGAAGUCAACCUCACGAUCAACGACGAGAGCAAGAAAGAGGAUCUGUCGACAAUCGAGAAUUCCAGUGUUGAGGGCGACGAAGGCAUCCCGGAGAUCCUCACCUUUACGGCCUCGACUUUCGUGAAGCUCAACCCACCGGAAGUAGAGCCUGAUCCCAAGCCAGAACCCAAACGCGAACCUCAGCCCAUUGCCGACACCUCCAACAACUUCUGUUUCGGACAGGUGGAGUUCAUCAAAUACAUAAUGUCGGAGUCUCCCGGUCCAGUUAUACUUCCCGUUGUCAGGCAAGAGGACUACGGAGCCACCUACUUGCCGUGCCCCUGCGCUCAGGGGCCGUCGCAAGUGCGGCCCCCCAAUCAGAAUCAGAAUCUCCAUCCCAAUCCCGUCUUUCCGAUCUCCCAGGACACUGCCCAGGCUGAAUGCGCUCCGAACAAAGAAGACUCUCGGCCAGCCGUCCGGGAGCAGCCCAUGUACGACCGACCCGUAAUGGCUUCCGCCUCGGGGCUGGGUGGUGUCUACUUGGCCCGACCAACGAGCCAACCAGCUCCGCGUAAGUACCUGGUGCGGCAGCGGCCCGUUCUUUUCGAGGUGGGCGGCAACCGCAGCAAAAGCGCCAGUUCCCACAUAAUAUUGCAGAACCAGAACCUGGGCGGCAAUGGGAAUUUCAAUGGACAUGGAAACAACCUGAGCACGAUCGGCCAAGGACGUGGAUACGCCAACAGCAACAGUCUGGACUACCUGAAUCUCCCGCAGUCAACCGGCUCAAAUCUGGGUGCAUUCCAAAAUGUAUGCCAGAUUGUGGGGCAGAACAUGUAUCACAAUCUCGGCCAAAACAUGGCACCAAAUAUGGGGCAGGGUCCGAACAUGAGGUCGAAUCUAUCGCAAUCUGGGGUUCAAAACAUGGGCCAGAACAAGGUCUCCAGCUCGUCCCAAACUAUGCCUCUAUACAUGGCCAAGAGCGUGAACCCGAAUAUCGGACAAAACGUGCCCCAAAACUUAAUGCCAAAUCUAUGUCACAACGUUAACGAUCACCCGAGCUUAGGCCAAAACUUGACUGAGAAUCUGAAGAACGUGCGGGGCAAUUCCGUGAACCCGGUGAGCCAGAGCCUAAACCAGAAUCUUAACACGAACGUUAACAUAAAUCCAAACAUAAAUCCGAACCUAAACCAGAACCUAAACCCAAACCUUAUCUCGAACCUUAACAGGAAUCUAAACCAGAACCUUAACACGAACCUAAACCAAAAUAUAAACCAAAACCUAAAUCGAAACCUAAAUCAUAACAUAAUGUCGAAUCUUAGUCCGAACAUAAACUCAAACCUUAAUUCAAACCUAAUCUCGAACGUUAACUUAAACCUGAAGUCAAACUCCAUUAACUCAAACCCCAUUAAAUCAAAACUUAGCCCAAACGAUAAUUCAAACGUUAAUUCAAGCCUUAAUUCAAACCUUAAUUCCAACCUUAAUUCCAUCCUUAAUUCAAACCCCCUUAAUUUAAGUUCCCUUAUGUCAAUCCCCCUUAACACGAACCGUAACAUGAACCUUAACACGAACCUUAACACGAACCUUAACACGAACCUUAACACGAACCUUAACACGAACCUUAACACGAACCUUAACACGAACCUUAACACGAACCUUAACACGAACCUUAACACGAAUCUUAACACGAACCUUAACACGAACCUUAACACGAACCUUAACACGAACCUUAACACGAACCGUAACAUGAACCGUAACAUGAACCUUAACACGAACGUUAACACGAACGUUAACACGAACGUUAACACGAACGUUAACACGAACCUUAACCCGAACCUUAACCCGAACCUUAACCCGAACCUUAACCCGAACCUUAACCCGAACCUUAACCAAAAUCUAAAUCAAAAUCUAAAUCAAAACCUAAAUCAAAACCUAAACCAGAACCGUAAGACGAACCUUAACACAAACCUAAGCCCGAGCAUAAACUUGACCCUGAACCAGAACCGAAACCUUAACCCGAACCAGAGUAACCAGGUGAACCACAUGAGCCGUGGAAUGGGCGGAUUAGGGGUGGGCGUGAACAUGCCCGUGCAGAGCCAGACGUUCAGCCCGAGCAAAAUGCAGCAAACCAAUGUCCAGGAUCUGAGCUGGACCCGACCAUGGCUGGUCGGAGGUGGACGCGGCAGUAUCAACCAGAUGAGCCAGCCGAAGAGCAAGUCUCAGAUGAGGGAGUCUGCCCCCAGCUUCGUGCCCUCUUCCGUGUUCGUUCCUGGCGGCGCUUCCGUUUCCAGUUCCGACUCCUUUACUGCUUCGCGCCCGGCUUCUAGCUCCUCCGUUUCCUCGACCGCUCACUCCUCCUGCUCGAUUCCAGCUACCGGUUCAGGAGGUUCCCUCAUCUUCUCAAAUCCCGAUCCCGACGUCUUUCCCGCUGUCAAUGCCUUGAGAAGGAGCCGACGCAGUUCCGCCUCAACGCCGAUUUCCGCUUUGCAGGAGCCAUCGAUUUCAGUAGCUGCCACUCUAUUGCCGACACUAGACCCCAAGCCCCAGGCGCCACCAGCCUCACGUCCAAAGAAAGUCACCUACGCUUCGGUGUUGCAGUAGAAAGGAGCCAUCUUCCUGGAGCGCAACACAGAUCACGGGACCAAUUCCAGCGAAAUUCUAGUCUAAAUUAUAUGUUUUGUUACCUGGACAAAGUACAAAGAUGUUGUAAUAAAAUACACACAUGAGACACUC